AUGGCUGCUGUCGCGCCCCCCUCUUACGAAUCCGUCAUUAGUGGCGUGAUUGACAGCGCAAAGAACGGGACUGCUGUGCCCGCUGCCAUGGCCAAACUCUCUGCCGAGGAGAUAGCAGCCAUCAACAGCGCACCUAUUCCCGCACCUCUGGAUGACGACAUCAAGAAGAAGCUGUACGACGAUGUCGCCAAGUACAUUGCCAAGGACGAAGAAGCCCUCAAGCGCCUCGAGGCAGCAGCUGUAGCCGCUGUGGCUUCUUGCAAGAGGAACGACGACAUCUUUGCGGAGCUCUUGACCAUGUUGUACAGGAUCGACAAGGACAACAACAUCCAAGAUGACAAGUUUGCGCCCCAGCUGGAGGCGCUGAGAGAGCAGUAUCGAUCCGUCAUCAAAGAGAGCCGCACACUUGCAGCCGACAUUGCCGUCUACAGCGAGAACUUUGACGAGGAAGUCGUAAACAUUUGCGCCGACAAGACGCUGAGCACGGAUAGGAGACUGGAGGCGAUUAAUAGAGCCAUUGAGGAAGUGGUGGAGCACAAGGCUCGUGCUAGCAAGAUCGUUGACGACCUGAACGCGGCUGACGCCGCCUUCAACAAGCUCACCGUCGACUUCGCCAACUGGGCCAACACGACGAGCACCAAGUUCGACGCGGAGAUCGAGGCAGCCAACAAGGAACUGACAGGACUCGCCGACAGGCUCAAGACCCUUCGCAACGUGCUGAUUGGCUUCGGCGUGGGAGCUGGUGUGGGAUUGGGAGUUGCCAUCGGCGGAUGUUGGGCUGGGCCAUUCGCCCCGGUCUGUUGGGUGGCUGGCGCUCUCCUGAUGAUCGGAUUCGGCGUUGGAUUGGUGACAACAGGGAUUCAAUUUGCGGCUUGUCAGGAUGAGAUCAACAAGAAAAAGGCCGAACUUGCCGCACUCAAGGAGAAGAAGGCAGCCGUCGAAACGGCCCGGACGACCCUCAUCGAGACAGCCGCCGUCGACCGCGUCGAGUUCCACACGAACAUCCAGUCCAUCGUCACAGUCUGGAACGCGGCGCUGGCCGAUGCUCAGGAGAUCAAGGAUUGGCUUCACAAGGGUGCCGAUGAUGCCGAUCUACCCAACUACAUGGCUAUACAGCUCGCGCAUGGUGUCGCCUUGUACACCAAGAUGGCCAAGUACCUCAGCAUUUACGCGUCCGGCUUGACCAAUUUCGCCCCGCCAAAGCCUGCGUCCUAA